UGACCUCUUCUUCCCUCCAGGAUGCUCCUCUUCCUCGGCCUGUCCGUCUUCUUCUCCGCCAGCCUCUCCAUGGAGAUGAACCAGACCUCCAAGUUGCUGGCGGAGAGCGGAGAGCAGUGCUUGGCCUGCGACUUCCGGGAGCACAGCAAGCAGAUGAGGCUCCACAGCAUCAAGUCCCAGAUCCUCAGCAUCCUGCGGCUCGAGCAGGCUCCCAACAUCAGCCGGGACAUGAUCCGCCAGCUGUUGCCCAAAGCGCCGCCUCUGACGCAGCUCCUGGACCAGUACGACCCGCGGGUGGAGGACGAGGACCACGCCACGACGGAGACCAUCAUCACCAUGGCCACCAAGCCUAACGCGAUCACCCAGGACGAGUUGUCCUCCUGCUGUGUGUUCAGCCUCAGUCCGAAGAUCCAACCCAAAAACAUCCUGCGCGCUCAGCUGUGGGUUCACCUGCGGCCGGCUGACAUGGUCACCACCGUCUUCCUGCAGAUCUCCCGCCUCAAACUUGGCAAGGAGGGAAACAACACCAGAGUCAGAGUCCGCUCGCUGAAGAUCGACACUGACGCCGGUGCCAGUUCCUGGCAGAGCAUUGACAUCAAGCCUCUGCUGCAGGCUUGGCUGCGCCAACCGGAGACCAACUACGGGAUCGAGAUCAACGCCUACGACUCCAAUGGAGAAGAUUUGGCCGUCACGUCAGCAGAGCCUGGAGAGGAAGGACUGCAACCGUUCAUCGAAGUGAAGAUCCUCGACAGCCCCAAGAGAUCCCGCCGCGACUCGGGCCUCAACUGCGACGAGGAGUCUGCGGAGACCCGCUGCUGCCGCUACCCGCUCACCGUCGACUUCGAGGAGUUCGGCUGGGACUGGAUCAUCGCGCCCAAACGCUACCGGGCCAACUACUGCUCAGGGGAGUGCGAGUUCAUGCACUUGCAGCAGUACCCGCACGCACACCUGGUGAACAAGGCCAACCCGCGGGGCACGGCGGGGCCCUGCUGCACGCCCACCAAGAUGUCACCCAUCAACAUGCUCUACUUCAACCGCAAGGAGCAGAUUAUCUACGGGAAGAUCCCGUCCAUGGUGGUAGACCACUGCGGCUGCUCCUGAGGGAACCCCGGCGUCUGCAGGACUUAAGGUUGAACGUAAAGCUCUAUUUUGUUAAAAACCUAUAGACCCAGUGACGUCCCGCCUGUGGAAGAGAUUUAUUCUCAAGGACUGGACUCUUAAAAGUUGGUUUUAGUUUUAUUCUUUGUGCGUUUAUACAAGAACAACAACUAGAUAUCAGACAGAACAUGAUAGGAACAGCUGAUAUCACUCUGAAGGAUCAACUUGUGAAAAAUGAAAAGCAGUGAGCAUUACGUUUAGACGUUACGGUAACAUUACAUACCCACAAGGUGCAAUUCAGACCAUGAACAGUGGGGGGGGGGGCAGUACAUCAGGAUGACAAGUGAGGUUUGCAGAAGCAACGUAUACUCAAAGAACAGUUCGUAUGACGAAUUUGUACCCCACGAAUGAUGUCACAUUCCUAACAUACAUAAUAAGCGUAGACUUAUGGAGGUUAGGUUUAGGAAAAGACACAUGAAGAGGACGUACCUUAAGUGACUCAAAGUUCACAGGGAUCUGAAACACGCGACUCCAGGGGAAGGUCUUGGGUGAAAGUCUGCAAUUUGAAUUUUCGCGUCAUAUUCUAACACUAGAAUAUUUUGUGUUGACUUGCUCCAUACGCACAUGAAAUCUCUGAGUUGAUUGGCUAUUAAGGCGUGAAUUGUUUGCUGAAUUUCAGAUUUUUCAGCUCUUGCAAAUGAGCGUUUCACGUGGAACAGUGCUACCCGCUUCAUUCUCGCUGCUUAAUUCAUGCCACUUGGCAGGAAUUCACGUCUACUCUUGGGUGGGUCACAAAAACGUGGACUUUACCCCUGGAUGUGCUUGUUCGGACUUGAGUGAACUCAAUGUCAUUUUAAGGUUCGUCCUUACCAUGUUUUUUCCCCCCCAAACCUAACCUCUGUAUGUUAAAGGGAUA